AAAGCAAUAGAAGCAUUUGCCCCAAAGACAGAACAAGUCGUUGAACAGGCUCCUAGAGUGACAAGGUCAAGGCCACUGAAGAAGCUGUCCGAGCCUAAGCCCUCGGAUAUAAUCACAGCAGUGCUGCACCGAGCCACUGUCACACGCACACAGAGCUUUGGCCCCAGUUCAACAUCAAUGGUUGACAUCAGGCAGAACAUC